AUGGCUGCUGGCAAUCGCCGCCCGCCGGCGGCAACUCUGCCGGCGGUGCUCAUCCUCGUAUGCGUGCUGGUGGCCUCGGCGUCCGGGCUCCAAAUGCUCCCUGACGAGGACCCGAGUACGUACCCCGAGGACAGCAGCAGGCCGAGGGAGUUCUGGUACCCGCGCGGAGAAGUGAUCGUCAUCGAUCUAGGCAACACCAACUCUUGCGUCGCCGGCUACACCGGCUCCGGCAAGACGACCGACGACGACGACGACACCAUGUUCCAGUUCUGCAUCCCCUCCUGGGUCGCCUUCACCGACAACGGCACUGCCCUCGUCGGCGAGGCCGCCAAGAACCACGCCGCCGCUGACCCCGAGGCCACCAUCUUCGGCUUCAAACGCUUGCUCGGGCUAAGGCGAAACCGGUGGUACGACGAGGACAUCGUGCAGGGAGCCAUCCAGCGCGUGCCGUACAAGAUCGGUACAAGAAACUACGACACGACGAUCGUCCAAGUGAAGAACAAGCAGCUAGAGUUCAGCGAGGUCGCGUCCAUGGUAGUGGCUGAGCUGAAGAACAAAGCCGAGGAGUACCUCGGCCGCAGGGUCGAGUACGCCGUCAUGACCAUCCCAUUUCACUUCGCCGCGGCGCACAGGGGGGCGGCCGAGUACGCCGGCAAGAUGGCCGGACUAGACGUCGUCUGGACGGUCACAGAGCCGACCGCCGCCGCCGUCGCUCACGGCCUGCACACGAAGCUGCACGAGCACGGCGCUGCGCUUGUCUUGCGUGUCGGCGGCGGCACGUCUGACGCCAGCGUUUUGAUCCUCCUGGAUGGCAGGUUCGAAGUCUUUCGGUACCGGGAUGACCCUUUCCUUGGAGGAGAUGAUUUUGACGACAGGGUUGUGGAUUACUUUGCCAAGCAGAUCAAGAUGAAGCAUGGAGUGGAUAUCAGUCAGGACAGAGUUGGUCUUGGAAAACUGAGGAUGGCAUGUGAGAAUGCCAAGAAGGCAUUGAGCAGUCAAGAUCAUGUUCAGGUGACUGCUGAAUCCCUUGUUGAUGGUGUCGAUUUCUCCGAGCCGCUCUCACGGUCACAGUUUGAGGAACUGAAUGAUGAUCUGUUCUGCAAAGUCAUGGACUUGGUGGAAAACGUCAUGGUAAGAGCUGGAAUAGAGAGGAGGAAGAAUAAGAUCAAUGAGAUUGUUCUUGUUGGUGGGAGCGCCAUGAUUCCCAAGAUUCAGAGCCUUGUCAAGGACUACUUUGACGGGAGGGAGCCAAACAUACGGGUGAAACCGGAUGAAGCAAUGGCUCUUGGAGCCGCAAUUCACGUCCAUUCUCUUUAG